CGCGAAAUUUCGCUUUAAAGCUAUUUUAUUUAAAUUUAAUUUAAAUAUUUAAUACAAUGGGUAUAAUGUGUAAUAACAACAAGAGCUAACAAUUAAAUGGCAACGUCCAUCUCGUGGUGCUCCAAAUGCUUCAUAUAGGCAAGAAAACACGUCCAGCACAGGCUGCAGGCGCUAAUGAACGGCACUCGAUUGCGCUCUGGUAUGAGGCUAAAAUUAAUGGUCGCCACCAGCGGCCACACAGACAGAGCCACCUGCGGAUUGGGAUUAAUUCGUGGGCAGAAACUUCUUGCCAACCUCGGAGACAGCCUCCUCGACCGUCUUGGACUCGAGCAGACUCAUGAUGAAGUAGAAGCAGGUCAUGGCACCCGGUGUGUACGAUAUGGACUCCACCGCCGCCUUAAUUAUGCCCGUGCGCAGUGAGGUCUGUGGCCACAUGGCGCUGGACACCUUCAGAAAAAUGCGGAAGAACCAAAAUUAAAAGAUAUAAUCCCCGCGGCUGUGGGACAAAGGCCUUCCUUACCUUAACCCAUCCAUAAAGUGUGGGUGCCACGAAGAGGCCGCCAUACAUGCUGAAGCGCAUCACACGCCACCAGUCAUAGCUGCCUGAUGGACAGUUGGAGAAUAACAGAAUGCAAAACCACAGAGGAGGAUGCACCACACUCACCCCAGCUCUUGCCCUCGAAUGUCUGUUGGAUGAGGCUUCCCGAGGGCCAAAUCAGGCUGUACGAUAUCAUGCCCCUCGCUAUCGGAUACCUGGUGAGGAACACCUUGAAGUUCUGCCACAGCAGUGGAGCUGCCAUUGCAAUCACAGCGCUGCGAAGUCACAAAUAAUCGCAUUCAGUUUUUCGCAUAUAAUUUGCAUGCGUAAGCAGCCCCUGUCCUAUUGUAUGGGGGAAUGCGGGCCCACACCGAACAAUUUGCCAUAAAUGGGCCCCACACCACUGGCGGGCCACCCAAAAAGACAACGACACCCCAACAUGGCUCUGUGCGGACCAAUUGGCCUGCUCCUGAUGGCUUCAGCUUCUAUGCUCGGAGCCCUUGCGGACGAUGGCAAGAUUGUCAAUGGAACUGCCGCCUCGCCGGGCGAGUUCCCCUUUGUGGUGUCGCUGCGUCGCGCCAAAAGCGGUCACCAUUCGUGCGGGGCCACGCUACUCAACUCGGACUGGGUGCUGACGGCUGCCCACUGCGUGAAGGGAUCGACGCCACAGCAGCUGAACCUGCAGUACGGCAGCCAGAAUCUGGCAAGAAAUUCCAGCAAACUGGUGCAGGUGGCCGCGAUCCAUGUGCAUCCCGGCUAUGAGCCACACGACAAGUAUGUGAACGACAUAGCCCUGCUGCAGCUGAAGGAUUCCAUUGUCCUGGGCACACGCGUCCAGCCGGUUCGUCUACCGGAUCCGGAGCAGCCGACACUUGGCAACAGCAGCGCCGUGCUCGCUGGCUGGGGAUUAAAUGCGACGGGCGGCGUGGUGCAGCAGCGGCUGCAAAAGGUCCAGCUGCAGGUGUUUAGCGACGCUGAUUGCAGCGAACACCACCAGACACAGCUGCACUCCAGCCAGAUCUGCGCCGGAGUGCCCGAGGGCGGCAGGGGCCAGUGCAGCGGUGACUCCGGGGGUCCGUUGCUGCUUGCCGGAUCGGACACACAGAUCGGUAUUGUGUCCUGGAGCGUGAAGCCCUGUGCCCGUCCGCCCUAUCCGGGCGUUUUCACCGAAGUGUCUGCAUAUGUCAACUGGAUUGUGGAGACGGUGGGUGCCGACUCCUCCACAUCGUCGUCGCUCUGGAUUGGCCAGCUGAUUGUGGGCCGCACGCCGCCUGUUUUGUCGUCCUAAACUCGUAUCAGACCACUUGAGAAUAAAAAUCGAUUGGAUG